CACACGGGGCCGAGGAGGGGGCACGGGCUGAAGGGAGGCGGUCCCGGGGGCGCAGACGUGGCGAGAGGGGUCCCCGCGGGGGCUGAGCCCUUGAGGCCGGGGCCGUUCCUGAGGACACCGCGGCGCUGCGGCCCCGGCUCGUUGUCCCGUCGCGGGGUCCCGCAGAAGGUUCUUGGGGACGCGGGGCCUGGCGGCGAGGGUGCUCCGAGGAGCCCUGAGGGACCUGCGAGGGAUCGGAAGGGAGCGGGUCUGGCUCGGGGGGCGAUGCGGAACCUCCCGGGCUCCGGGGCUGUGCCGGCCCCGGCGUUUGCGGCGAAACCGGCGCUGAUAUUUCAGAGUUAAAACACCUCGCGGGUUGUUUUUUCCGAGCCUGCCCCUUCAUGCAGCGACGUGGCCGUAUAAGGACCGUGCUGUGCUGCGGAGUCGAGGGAUGGCGGCUCAGCGCUCCCGCAGCCCCGUUAUAGCUCACCAAAUAUUGUUUUUAUUGCGAACAGACUUGUAAUGAGGUUAUGAAACGAGCCUGUGUCACAGCUAAGUCCCACCCAUUGCUGUGCUGCUGAGAUAGGCCGCCCGUGGUUCCAUCCUGGGGGGGGGACUGAUCCCACAUCCAGCUGCUCCAGAGACACUCCCAGCAUCAGCUUUAGCUGCCAAGUCUGAUAACCUCCAAGUUUUCCAGGCUUCUGACCGCUAGAAAAAGAAGAAAGCUUUUUUUUUUUUUUUCCUCCUUCUUUAUCCCAAGAAGCUCUGCCAAAGGGAUAUGUGUGUCUCUGGUAACUUCCUUUGAAUUCUGGCGUUUUCAGCCCUACCCAGAGGAGAUGGUGUGAGGUAACGUACUUGGGACCAAGAUAUGGAAAACUGGGAUGUGGUGAAUUCUGUACAGGAAAUCCCUUCGUCUUCUGCAGACUCUGAUGUCAGAAACACCCACAGCUCUGUCUGUAACUUGAACUGUGACAGAAGUCCUUCAUCCAAUCCCAAUGGAGUUUCUGGUUACUCAGGGAAUACCAGGUCCUCAUUAAAGCCUGGUUCUGUUGAACUGUUUGCCUCCUUUAUGCAAGACAUCCAGGCCAUUGGAAAUGCUGACACGGAAAUUGUGAAGAACUGUGAGACAAGGUGGCUACAGCUGCUGAGACUGGUAGAAAAGCAAUGUCAGCAACAAAUAGUUGCCCAGCAAGAGCAGUUCCACCAUCAAAUCCAACUGAUUCAGGCUGAGAUCAGGCAGCUGGUGAAGUUUGGGAGCAGCAGUUGGGGAGCCGGCAGGAGCCGGGGUUUGCCUGCCACGCUUCCAGGCGCUUUUCCACCGCUAGCAAUUCCAAUGGGGAUGCGAUCUGAGCUCUUCGAGGAACACGAGAGCAUUGUCCAUCAGCUCACAUCCAGUGAAGCAGAGAGCCAGCCCAGUGCAUCCGACCUGCAGCAGGAAUGUUGCGGGAGCGACGCCUCCAUGAACAGCGGGUAUGGAACGCUCUCCACCUCCGAGCUGAACCCUGGCACGGCCAACAGCACCAGCAGGGCCACAGAUUCCAUGGAGAAAACUUCCCAAGGACACAGGGAUGGAGCAGGGUUGCAGAGUGAUGCAACUGUAGCCAGUGUUCAAAAUAAAACAGAACUUUUACCAAAAAGAAUAGAGGAAAAUUGUUCACCGGGAAGGAGCAACAUUUUAGUUUUUCCUGCUGAAUUUGAGCAUAAAGUUGAUGAAGCUCCAUGUGGGAAGAAACCCAGUAAAUCUUUAACGUCGUGGGCACAAAAGUUGAAACAAAACCAACCAAAAAGGAUAACUGCAGAUGAAGUGUGUGUGAACUCUAUGCAAGAAAAUGAGAAAGUGAAGAAAUCACCACUUGAGAAUACAAACCUUACUGAUGCUGCUUUGCCACCUUACACUUUUUACCUCAACCAACCGAAGGAAAGUCCCAAUUCCUUGGUGUCUGAAGCUUCAGGACUUUCAUACUGGAAGUUAGAUGAAAAGGAGAUGUAUCACACUCUACCAGAGAAUUUCAGAAGUGAGUUUGCUGAUGUUUUCUCCACAAAAGUAUCACCAGAUCAGUUGUCUUCUGCUGAGGAAAGGAAGUUGUCAUCCCUGAAGGAUAUUUAUCAUAAAAGACAAAGGGAAAACAAGCAGAUGCCAGACCAGAAUGUUUUGCCUUCUUCCCAGUCAAGUCACCCACCAGAGAUCUUGACGUUGGACCCAACCCUGCACAUGAAACCAGGUCAGCAGAACCAGGGACGCUGUUUUUUCAAUAUUCCUGAAGAGAUUACUCCCUUUUCUCCAGACUCUAUGGCAGAGCCAGGAUUUUCAAGUCAUUGUGACACAGACUCUUUCUCCCAGACAAGUCACUCUUCUCAGUUAGAUGAUCCUCCCAAACACCCUGCCAGCAGCAGAGCUGUGCACUUGGACUUCUGGAGAAAUCACCCCUUCCAAAGUGAAAACAAGAGCAGCUCCCCUUUUCCAAAGGCAUACAGGGAUGCUGACCGUGAUAGUUCAGUCAGCACUGAGGAGGAAGAAACACUGACUUUAACUCCAUCCUCUGUUACUCAGUGUGCUGACAACACUUUGCCAGAUUAUAGUCUUUCAGUAGCACCUGUUGAAGACCCUGUGGUAAUGUCACAGAUUAGGCAGAACCUGAGGGAGAAACACGCUCGACACAUCGCUGAUCUCCGAGCUUACUAUGACUCGGAGAUCCAGAGCUUAAAGCAGCAGCUGGAGGCAAGUCAGAGAACUGCUUCUGCUGAGGACCUGAAGAAAAUCAAUCAAAGUCUUGCUGACAGGUGUGAGCAGUUGGAUGCAGCUCUGAAUGAAGCCAGUGCUCGCAUAAAAGCCCUGGAAAAUAAGAAUAAUCUGCUGGAAAAGCAAGUGGCAGAGUGGAGGGAGCGUUUCCAGGCCCUCAGCAGCACUUCCAAGGUUCUGCAGGAGCGGAUCGAGGAGAUGCGGACGACCCACAAGGAGAAGGACAACACCAUCAGCCGCCUGCAGUCCAGGCUCAAGGAGCUGGAGGAAGCUUUUGAGAAGGCCUACAAGUUAUCUGAUAAUAAAAACACGAGGCUAAAGGAAGAAAACAAAAUGUUUCAGAAUCUUUUAGGAGAAUACGAGUCCCUUGGAAAAGAACAUGAAAGAGUAAAGGAUACAUUAAAUACAACUGAAAACAAAUUGCUUGAUGCAAACACACAGAUUUCUGAUUUAAAAAGGACAAUUUUAAAACUUGAAGCUCAGCUCAAGCAGGUGGAACAUGAAAAUAUGUUGAAACUUCGCCACAUCACCGAGAACCGUUUGAGAACCUCUUGUGCCAACAAGUUGGGAACUCCUGAUGUCAGCAGGAGAAAGUGGCUGAUACCAGGAGCUGAAUAUUCCAUCUUCACUGGCCAGCCUUUGGAAGGCCAGGAAAGCCCCAAAGAUAACAGAUUAGAAGAAAACUAUAUUCCUUCCAGGUAUCACUCUCCUCCUGAAAAAGAUUCUUCACAGGAAGACUCUUCAACAAACACAAUAGAAAAGAAAGAAAAUGAGAUGUCAGAAGCACCAAUUAUAAAAGCCUUUAAAGAACUUGAAGAAGGAAAAGUGUUUAAAGACUGGGGGACACAGACAGACAAAGAAGACACACCAGCCAAAACAUCAAAUCGACGUCAAACUGUUGGGUUUGUUGAAGCUUCUUUAGUUGCCACCCCAGAGAAAGGGAAGGACCAACACAGACCCAAAAGGUUCAGCUCCCCUUCAGGCCAGAGGUCAUCGUCCCUUCCUCCUUCCAACAGGAAACCCAACACUCCAACAAGAAGAGAGAUAAUGUUGGCACCAGUGUCUGUGACGUACAGCCCAAAACGAUCUCCAAAAGAAAACCUCUCCCCUGGAUUCAGCCAUUUGCUUGGCAGGAAUGAAAACACAGUGACAAGGUUUGAUAUACUUCUAGAUGACCUGGAAACUGGUGCUACAUCUACUUUACAGCACAAUAACCCAAGGAAAAGGCUCCAGUUUCUCUCACUAGAUGAUGCAGAAGGAAGGCAGCAUUCAGGUGUCAGACACAGCUCUUGUGCUGAAUCCAUCAGCAGCGGGCUGAAGAAGGCGGCAGCUUGGGACGAGAGGAGCACAGCUCAAAAAUAUGAGCCGGUGGCGUCGCCUGGGGAGGAGGACUUCAAAUACACAGCAAGGAUCACGACUCUGGCUGAAACAGAGAGGCUUUUUGAUGAGCUGACUCAAGAAAAGCAACAG